AUGGCAGAGGCAUUUUGCAUACAAAUACAAGCUCUAUUUGCAGAGUCGGAUCGGCAGAUACGUGACAGAUUUGAUCGCCUUAUGGCGCUAGUGGAAACCCCAUACACUACAGUGGUGAAUAUUGGCUCUGAGAUGGCUGAAUACGUGAGCAGGGAGGCCCCAGUGGAAGAUGGGAGCGCUGUCAUUAAUAAUGACGCAUCAGCAUUGAGGCAGCUAGAAGUCAGUGCCGCAGAUAACAGUUUGGAGGACGUGUGCCUAACGAUGGCCCCGCAGGACAGGGAACUGCGGAUUCUUGAGACAGAGAUGAGAGGAGACAGCAGGCUUUUCAUUAGCGGUUGGAGCUUGGUGAAAAAAGUCGGCAUCUAUUUUGGCAGGUACUACUGGGCUGGUAACUUCGGUGGGGUCGCAUGUGGGAGAGCGGCCGGCUCCUGGGUGUAUGGCCCGACUGGAGUGUUUGAUCUACAGGCGGCUAACAAUUACAGGAUCUCAAUUGCCGACCUAGAGGUGCAGAGGAUCGCUGAACCAGCAAAAGGCUCUCAGUAUUUUAGCAUUCAUGCAAGAACUGGUGAGGGACAUAAAACUAUGCAUCGUAUUAUAGGUGGAUAUAUUGUUUCUCCGUAUUCCACUCGAUACCUGGUAUCCCUGAAGAGAAGUACUGGACUGCACUUCUGUGGAGGGUCUCUGAUCAGCAGGUUCUGGGUGCUCACGGCUGCCCACUGCAAAACUGAGCAAAACCAUAUGUUGAUAGUUGCUGGAGAAUACUCCUUGUCUAUUUUCGAGGGCACAGAACAGGUUUUCCGCCCCGUGAGACUAGUUUCCCAUCCUGACUACAGCUCAUCUUCUAAGAAUGCUGACAUUAUGCUGAUAAAGCUAAACCGCCCGGCUAUGUAUAAUGCCUUUGUGUCGAUAGUGCCACUGCCUGUGCAAGGGUCAUCUGUGAGCGAGGGGAGAUUGUGCCAGGUGUCUGGUUGGGGAUACACCAGUACUAUUGGUGGGAAGGCCUCAGACACCCUAAGGAGUGUAAAACUUCCUAUAGUCUCUCUACGAAGGUGCAACAGCACCUCGUCGUAUGCUGGUCACAUAACUCACAACAUGAUCUGCGCUGGUUUCAACAAUGGAGGAAAGGACGCAUGUCAGGGGGACUCAGGGGGGCCGCUAGUCUGUGAUGGAAGAGUUUUUGGGAUUGUGUCUUGGGGACACAGCUGUGCAAAUCCCAAGUAUCCCGGAGUGUACACAGCGGUCGCUAACUUUCAAAAAUGGAUUUACAGGACAAUAUUUUAA